CAAAGCUUGGACUGUGGACUCAUUCUUUGUGCUAGAACUCGUCAGACCCUGUGAAGCAGAAGCCAUGGCUGAGCCUCCUGUUAUCAUAUGGGAGAGUGAAGUGAAGAACCUGUUGCAUUACAGAGACCUGAUCCCCCGUCUGGAGGACGCUCUGGGGAAGUUCUCCAGGCGGGACAGUGCUGAGGUCAUCCAGCCUGUUCGCACCGCCGUCCCUCUGCAGAAACACAACGGAUUCAUGGGGCUGAUGCCAACAUACAUGGAGAAUGAUGGGGUCCUGACAACUAAGUUUGUUUGUUUCUACAAGAGGGAGGGUGGCUCCUCUCUGCCAGCUGUUCAAGCCACUGUGGUGCUGCUGGAUCCAGAGUAUGGAAAUGUCAAGGCUGUCAUGGAUGGAGAGGUCAUCACAGCCACGAGGACCGCUGGAGUUUCUGCCAUCUCUGCUAAGCUGCUGAUGCGUCCUGGCGCAGAGAUUCUGGCCAUCCUGGGGACCGGCAAACAGGCCCUGAGCCAUUAUAACGUCUUCACCGAGAUGUUUUCAUUUAAAGAGGUGCGGGUGUGGAAUCGCACCAAAGAAGGAGUGGACAGGUUCCUCCGCUCAGUUGGAGGUGCUGUGAAGGGAUGCAGCUCCGUGGAGGAGGCGGUGACGGGGGCCGAUGUCAUCGUGACUGUAACUGGAUCCACUGAGCCGGUUCUUUAUGGUCAGUGGGUUAAACCAGGAGCACAUGUGGCAGCUGUGGGAGCUUGCCGGCCAGACUGGCGGGAGCUGGACGACGUGCUGAUGAAGGAGGCCGUGGUGUACGUGGACAGCAGGGAGGGGGCAAUGACCGAGUCCGGUGAUGUCAUCCUCUCCCGGGCAGAUGUGUUUGCAGAGCUUGGAGAUGUGAUCAACGGCACAAAAGCUGCUCACAGAGAGAAGACAACUGUCUUCAAGUCCCUUGGGAUGGGGGUUGAAGAUACAGUGUCUGCCAAGCUGGUAAUGGACCAAUGGACAGCCAAAGCCAAAAAACUGUGAGGCUGCCUCGUAAUAGUUUAUAGACUUCUCAGUUUUAUUUUUAUAUCACAAAGUGGUCGGGAUUGUGGCAAAUUUUAUGGCUCUGAUAUCAAAUCAUUCAAAACAGUUUUAAAACUUGCUAAGAUAGAUUUCAAUAUACAUCUGGCCGUUGAAACUUUUUGUGUAAUGCUGGGUCAGCUAACUGGAAUAUCUUUAGUAUUUCAGUGUUAAUGAGUGAAACGUCAUCUUGCUGGAAAUUCUUGAUGAAGUGUCAGACCAACCAAUGAUGCCAAGCUACGGGAUAAGACGGCUGAAAAAAGGACAUCUGUCACUUGCAGCCUCCCAAAUGGCAGAGUUUCUCUCUUUUUCAUUGUAAAAUGAGGUGUAAUGGCUUUUUAACUGUUGGUCAGAUAUGAAGUUUUUCCAAAGCACUUCAUUACUUUGGAAGUUGAUGAUUUAAAAGGAAACAAACAGUCUUUUUUUUUUACAAUUUCUUAAUUAUAGACAGAAGAUAUAGGACACAACUGAUUUUUUUCUUUCAAUUAAUUUAUUUGCUUUAAAAAAAUCUGCACAACACUAUGUGAAAUGAAACCACAUUUAGUAAGAAAGUAAAAGCAAGUGUACGUUUUCUCUGUGCCAUCAGAACACUGACGAUGUUGAGUUUGGAUUUAGUGGUUCUUCAGAGCACACUUGCUAGUUGAUCGUUGCUCAUUUAAAAAAAAAAAAAGAAAAAAAAAGAUGAGCAGUUAACUGAUGGACUUGUACAACAAAUGCAUUAAAAUGAGUUCCAACCUUCAAAUGUCACUGCACUGGCUCAUUAGACUUCAUAAAACACAGUAAUACACAGGGUCAAAAUGAAUGCUUACACACCUUUACGACAACUUGACCAUCACACGAUGAUCAAAAAGCCUUCAUAGCACUUUCUGAAGAAGAACUCACCAAAAAGUAGAAAUGCUAAACACAUCUUCAUGAAUAAAGAAUAAACGAGUGCAACAACGCCGGUUACACUGCACCUUCACACGUCAGUUAUAAAACACUGUGGUUUCACAGGACAGAAAGUGAUGUUGAUGGAUUAAUUUAGACUUUUGGGAACAACAUAUUGAGCUGUAAUUAUGCCAUCUCAGUGGCUUCUCAGAGUCCUGUUACUUCCAUUAAAGGCUAAACUUGUUAUUCCUGGACUGCAUGAUAUCUUUUAAAAAAAAAAAAAAAAAAGGUUAAUCAAAAGGGAGGUUUAGUGUUUGUCAGAGGGAAAGAAAGGUGUGAAAGUUGACUGAGUUUAAGCAGCAAUUCAGUUUGGUUGGAUGACACGUAAACAAAACGGCCCAUCAAUCAGCUGACAAGAAACUGACAGUGAAAAAAAAGUUAGUUCUUCUAAAAAUAAAUUUUGCCUAAAAUAAAUCUUCGUCAAGGCAGCAGGAAUCUCUUAGUGUUCAGGGGAAAGAUUGCAGUGCAGGAUCUCCUUUUAGAGUCAAAUCUACAAUAGUGUUAUGACAAAUUCAUGUUCAAGUAGAGUUUCUUCACCUUGCCAAUGGAAAAAAAAAAAAAAAAAAAAGAGACAUGAACGUUUAUCUUCCCCUCGUUCUCCUUAAUUAAACGAAGAUCCUAAAUCAAACCUCCCACCCUCCCAAUCCCCAAGGCCUUAGCAAAGAAAAAAAACCAACAAACAUUAUUCCUAUCACUCUGAAAGGACCAAACAGAUGUAAGAAACUAGAUAAUUAAAAAGAAAAAAGAAAACC